AAGAGAGAGGGAGUGAAAGGGAAAGAAACACAGAGAGAAACCAAGAAAAUAAACACACAAAAACAAAAAGAGAAAAUAAAACUCUACUUUAUUACACUAAUUAGCAGCAAAAGCGAGCGAUCAAGCUAGCUAAUACUCUCAAAACCACAAACCUUCUCUUUCUUUCUCCCUCUUCUCAAAUCAAGAACACCGAAAACUACAUUCAAUACCCGAUAAAACAAGCCAGGAAUCAAGCUCGAACUCUUCUAUUUUGGCGAGGUUUAAUCAAAGUGAUAUAUGAAGAGAAAGGAGUUUGUUGUGUAUAUAAAGUUUGGUGAUUUGAAGUUAGGGUUUUGAUUUAUUGUGUGUUUGAAUGAAUUGGUGUUGGUUUUGGGUGAUUUGGAUUGAGUUUUUUUUAGCGAGUUUGAUCUCUUAGGGUUUUGGAUGUUGUAAAGAUGAGAUUUGGGCUUGCAUUGUAUGGUUUGUUGGCGGGCGAGUUUCGGGUUAUUUGGAAACAGAAAUAGCUGUUUUCUAGGUUGAAAAUCGUGGGUUUUUGUGAUUUUGGUGAAUGGUGGGGUUUGGGACUGUUUGUGCUGGAGACAAGCUGUGGUUGACUGUUGAUUUGCUUUGAAUUUGAUAUGUGGGUGUGGAAAUUUGUGUUUUUGUGGAGACGAAGAUAACAGUGAUUGAGUGUGGAAUUGGGGGUUUUGCGGCUCUGUUUUUGGAUGGUAUAUGAAUCUGUUCCGUGAGAAAUGCAACCUUAUCAGAGCUCCAGAGUUGAUUUGGUUGAAUUGAGAACUCAGAUAGUGAAGAAGGUUGGAGUUGAGAGAUCAAAGAAGUAUUUUUACUACUUGAAUCGAUUUUUGAGUCAGAAGCUGUGUAAGAGUGAGUUUGAUAAGUCAUGUUUUCGCUUUCUUGGAAGGGAGAAUCUACCACUGCACAAUAAUCUUAUACGUUCAAUAUUGAAGAAUGCCUGUCAAGUGAAGACGCCGCCACCAAGUUACGAGGCGGGUCCCACAAAAUCUCCGAUUCAAGCUUCAAAAAGUUCUCCUGUUCGAGAAGAUGGGCAUGAACAAAUCGUGUCCCUUAUUCCAAAUCAAAGCAUGCCCAUUCGGCCUAAUGGGAUCUUACCAGUGUCCCCAAAAAAGGUUAGGUCAGUGACACGUGAUCAGAAGCUCAGAGAUAGACCCAGUUCACUUGGACCCAAUGGGAAAGUUGAAUGUAUCUCACAUCGAUCAAUUGGUACAGAAGAUAAUGGAAUUAAAUUUGUAGUGGAAAAUGGGGAAUUGGCUCCUUGUGAUUAUCAGAGACCAGUGCAGCAUCUUCCAACAGCUGCUGAGCAACCUGAGAAUGAAAGGGAGGGUUCAGCUCAAUGGCCCAUUGAAAGACCAAGGACACAGAACAAAGAUCAGACUGCAUUUGUGGAAGAUAGAGAUGAGGUGGGGCAGGCAAACCACCUGAGCUUCUCGAGAAGUCCUCUACUUGCACCACUAGGGAUUCCAAAUUGUUCAGCUAGCAUGGGUGGGGCCCGCAAAGCUAUGCCAGUUGCAAGCAGUGGUGAUUUUGUUAGCUAUUAUGACAGUGGUGGAUUGUCUGAUACAGAGAUGCUGAGGAAACGCAUGGAGCAGAUUGCAGAUGUGCAAGGCCUUGGAGGGGUCACGACAGAAUGUGCAAACACGUUGAAUAAGAUGCUGGAUGUGCACUUAAAGAGGUUGAUCAAGUCAUGCAUCGAGUUAGUAGGAGCACAGUCUCUGCGUGAUCCAAGAAAGUACACUGUUCACAGGCAGCAGGUACAGAACAAGGUUGUCAAUGGCAUGUGGCCAAGUAAUCACUUGCAUAUGCAGAGUAGCAGUGGUCCUGUUGAGGGUAUGCAGGAGCAGAGGCCACAUAGUUCAAUAUCUAUGCUUGAUUUCAAAGUUGCCAUGGAGCUAAAUCCACAGCAACUUGGUGAAGAUUGGCCAUUGCUGCUGGAGAAAAUAUGUAUGCAGUCAUUUGAGGAUUGAAAACAUACCUGUGAAGAUUUGUUUAUCCCAAAGCCAUAAUUGGGUCAGGCUGUCCUGGUUCAAAGGCAUUGACAACUGUUGUUAGAAGCCAUUGAUGUACCCAGUUCUGUUUCUUGUUGCCAGUAUGAACCAGAUGGCUCCCCUUUUGUUGAAGCUCGGCUAGUGCAAGAUGAAAUUUGUGGGUUGAGCAUCCAGAUGGCUGUAUUCUCCUGCCACAGAUCCUGUAUGGAUCGGGAAAUUAUUUAGCAGCAACCAAGCCAGGGAAAGUUUCAAAUAGAAUGCCCUUGGUUGGCUGCUCUGUUGUACGAUAAGCAUGGGUGUUGGCUGUCUGCUGCCGUCACUACAGAUCCGAAGCUCUUCUGUAUAAUUUACAGCCAACAAAGAGGUACUCUAAGACAGUUUUGCAGGAUACACUUGUGUAGCUUGUUGAAAGGUAAACCACUGGUGUAAAGAGCUGUAGUGUUGCUCUUUGUAUUUUAAAAUCUGAAACGAUUGGAAUUCCAAUAUUAAUAACAAAUUGAUAUCCAUUGACUUA